CAGCCGCCCCGGGCACCGCGGUGCUGCUGGUCACGGCCAACGUGGGCUCGCUCUUCGACGACCCAGAAAACCUACAGAAGAACUGGCUUCGGGAAUUUUAUCAGAUCGUCCACACGCACAAGCCGCACUUCAUGGCCCUGCACUGCCAGGAGUUUGGAGGGAAGAACUAUGAAGCCUCCAUGUCCCACGUGGACAAGUUUGUCAAAGAACUACUAUCAAGUGAUGCAAUGAAAGACUACAAUAGGGCUCGAGUCUACCUGGAUGAAAACUACAAAUCCCAGGAGCAUUUUACAGCACUAGGAAGCUUUUAUUUUCUUCAUGAAUCCUUAAAAAAUGUCUACCAAUUUGACUUUAAAGCUAAGAAGUAUAGAAAAGUCACUGGCAAAGAGAUCUACUCGGACACGUUGGAGAGCACGCCCAUGCUGGAGAAAGAGAAGUUUCCGCAGGACUACUUCCCUGAGUGCAAAUGGUCCAGAAAAGGCUUCGUUCGGACAAGAUGGUGCGUCGCGGACUGCGCCUUUGACCUGGUGAACAUCCAUCUUUUCCACGACGCUUCCAACUUGGUUGCGUGGGAGACAAGCCCAUCCGUGUACUCGGGGAUCCGGCACAAGGCCCUGGGCUACGUGCUCGACAGAAUCAUCGACCAGCGAUUCGAGAAGGUGUCCUACUUUGUCUUUGGCGAUUUCAACUUCCGACUGGAUUCCAAGUCUGUGGUGGAGACUCUCUGCACAAAGGCCACGAUGCAGACAGUCCGGGCCGCCGACACCAAUGAAGUCGUGAAGCUGAUAUUCCGAGAAUCAGACAACGACCGGAAGGUUAUGCUCCAGCUGGAAAAGAAGCUCUUUGACUACUCCAACCAGGAAGUCUUCCGAGACAACAAUGGCAUUGCGCUCUUAGAAUUUGACAAAGAGCUGUCUGUUUUUAAGGACAGACUGUAUGAACUGGACAUCUCGUUCCCUCCCAGCUACCCGUACAGCGAGGACUGCAGCCAGGGCCAGCAGUACAUGAACACCCGGUGCCCCGCCUGGUGCGACCGUGUCCUCAUGUCCCCAUCUGCCAAGGAGCUGAUUCUGAGGUCGGAGAGCGAGGAGAAGGUUGUCACCUACGACCACAUCGGGCCCAACGUCUGCAUGGGAGACCACAAGCCCGUGUUCCUGGCCUUCCGAAUUGCGCCCGGGGCAGGUAAACCUCACGCACAUGUGCACAAGUGUUGUGUCGUGCAGUGACGCGGUGGUAAAUAUGACCCUUCCCUCCAGUUCACCUUUUCUGAGCUUUUUCUGGUGUGUUUGUUCCUUUAACAAAUGACUGAUUCCACGGCAGGGAGGAGAUGCCCGCGGCACAGGAGGGCCCUCCACGUGACCUGCCUGUAGCCGAGGGGCACACAGAAGUCGAAGUCGAAGUCUAUUGAAACCACACUCUUACAGCUGCAUCGAGAAACCCGCCUGAGCGCCACCCACUAGACGGCCGGCCCCACACUUCCGCUUCAGCCUCCGGAGGGUUCCGGAAAAGCCUCACAUACCUCACUGUCUUGUCUGUUCAUGUGACAUUAAGUAGAAAUAUUGGGUUUUUUAAAUAAGUCACAAUCCUGUUGCCAAAACUCUAAUAGACAGCAAAGAGAUUCUGUAUUUUAGACUUCACAGUUUUCAACUUUUAAUAAUUGUCGGUGUGGAGGAGCUUCCCAGCGUAGAAACCCCACAAGUGUCCAGCGUCCCCUCUGUCAGCUGGAGGGGUGGCCCGGGGGGGAGACGGGCGGGCUCUUUGCUGUCUCAGGCGGUGUGGCCACGUUAGCAGAGCGCGGGGCCCUCCUCGGCACUGGGAUGGCCCCUCCUUAGUUACUGUGCUGCCAUGUCACAUGGCCUCUGAAUCACACUGCAGCUGCUUUCCAUUUCUACAUAUAUAUAAAUAUAUACUUUUUGAAAAUAAUUUAUAAAUCUUACCAAAACUUAUGCUAAGUAUACUUUCCAGUGUGAAUGCCCGUGCGCGUCCUGUCCACAGGUAGGAGUGGCGUCUGGGAGCUGCGUGUCCGUCCUCAGAUCUGUGCACCCGGCAAGACCCCGCAGGGCUGUCCCUUGGAGGACCGGCCGCAGCACGGCCACGAGCAGCUAUCCUCCUGACUCUCCUCUGUAACAUUGAGAACUGAAUGUGAAGUUGAUAGUAGCUCGGGUGUACCUUUUAAGAAUUUUGUAAACCGUUGUGUCUGUCUUUUGUUACUGUUCUAUGGUGCCAAGUAUUCUACAUAAAACAAUAAUAUCAUGGGAGAAAUAGAGUAGCCUAGUCUGCUUCCGAUAGAAAUUGCUUUUAACGUGGGCUGUAUAUAAAACAUUGAGAAACAAAACUGUAAAUGUCCUUGGUUCCAGCUGCAAACACCUGUGUCACAGCCUUGCUGCAGUAUCUCCUGUUAGCACUAAGUACGGCAUUGAAAGGCCAUCGCAGAGCCUGUGGAUGAAACACAACCAUGUUUAUUGGUUUGCUUUAGAACACUACAGAAGUCCUGGACGGCGAGGCCUCGGGUAGAUGAAUCACUACCACUGCUGGUGACGGGUGUCCGCUUGCCGAGUCUGUUCUUGACAGUACGAUGGGGUCCGUGUCCGUGCUGUGGUCACUGCUCUGUCCAUAGGCCACGCGGCAGUCUGCCCCAUGGCGAUCUGUUUAACGGGGUUUCAGCUGUCGGUCACUGUGGAGGCCUUUAAAAAUGACCGCUCCGGUUCCUAAGCAAUAAAAUUGAUCGUGGUGA